GGAAUCCUUCAUCUCCGAGCCACUUGCAUGCCCAAGCUUUUAUGCUUUACAACGAUGUAACUAAUUUAUACUAAUUACAUAAAUUUUUCGAAAUUACAGAAUGAUACUAUGCACACGACGGCUCAAAAGUUCAAACGACCUAUGAAUUACCAAUCAAGACUUGCAUCAUUAUCUGACGAUUGGUCCCUGGUCCAUUCGAAAACACCACCUCGGUCAAAGAAAGCCUGCUCAUCAAACCCUGCAUCUGCCAAUGCCAAUGCAACGCCAACCUGCAGCAACGAGCGGCCAGGUGUCUUACCUCCGUCCGUGCAACUGAGAAACCUAUAGGAUAUCAGAACGUCAGUGAGGUACUAAGAGGGCCGCACGAAAGCGAAGGUAUACCUCAUUUCUUCGUCUAGAUUAAGAAUGCCUUGAAUUGUUCGUCCUUGAUAACGAGUUUCCGCGCAUCUCGAAGAGAACCAGUCUCUUGUCCGGUGUUUUCGCUAUCUAGAAGAAGGACCUGGAAAACCUGAAGAGACUUUCAUGAGCUAGGCGAACGGAUUCAACGCUUCGAACUGAUUACCUUCCACCGGAAAGGAGCGAGCUCCUCAAUGCUAGCGCUCAUGUCUUCGUCCCAGU